GUCAGUCAACAGCGCGCGCGCGCCGCCUUGUGUCCUCCUCAUCUGACCGGCUUACUCAAUCGCCACCGCGUGUUCGCAACGAUCGCGACGACACGGUCGCAUCCUCUCCCGCGGUCCGCUCUGCGACGAUGACUGCUGCACGGCCGACGACCACGACCACUGACCGGCCGAUCGGCUGCCGUUGCCGCUGCUGCUGCUGCUUCGACUUCCCGACCAGCCACUAAACGGACCGACUGAACUGCUCGGGCGUCCCGUCGUCAGGUUAGGUUAGGAUACCUAACCCGCCCCGGCGCCGCUGCACGACGACAUCGCGCGCGCCGCGACCACUGCGUUUUGCACACCAUCACUCGCCAUGGCGACGUCUGCGCGACGUGAGCUCGGCAACGGGCCCGCCGCCCUGGUGGCCGUCGACGCCGCACUGUCCACGGCGGUGAUCACGCCCGUCGUGGUCACGUACUGGCGGAUCACUUGGAAGCUGAUGGACGUCUACAUACUGCCCGGGCACCUGGUGUGGAGCACCGCCGUGUCCGUGGGCAUCGGGUUCAUCGGGCUGUUCAUGUUCACGCUGUUCCAGCACCGGUUCAAGCGCUACCUGAAGCCCAGGAAGCACACGGCCACGUACUACGUCAUGUCCCGGAGUUACACGGUCGCGUUCGCGUACUCUUGCGUCAACUCGUGGCGCGGCAUCUGGAACACUAUGGACAUCGUGACGGGCACCCGGCCGCCCAUGGUCGCCGCGUCCGUGGUGCUCGGCAUAUGCAGCUUGGCCUCCAUGAAGACCCUGCGCAACAUCAUUGCACCCCCCAUAGCCAUACUCACCGACAACUACGACGGAUAUUUCGAGGUGCCCACGCUGUUUCGCAUUGGAGUUCGAGAUGGUACUGGAUCAUGGCUAUAUGUAUUGGAUAGCUUUUUCAGCGUUUGUAUUAUUGGCUCAUUAGUAGUCAUUGUUUGGCGAGGUGUUUGGAGUCUAAUGGACGAAUAUAUAUACCCGGGAGAUGAUAACACAUCCGCAAUUUUAUCAUUGGUUAUAGGAUAUAGUGUAGUACUACUUGCUUUUGCAUUACAACCAGCUGUAAAAAAAUUGGUUAACAAAAUUAAUGGUUUGAAGCGAAUACUGGCUGUGGAUGUAUACUUACUGUUUUCAUUUUUUGGUGCUGUAAACGUGUGGAGAGGAGUAUGGAUUAUGUUGGAUAUUCACUUUAUACCAGAUGCUCCUAUUACCAGUUAUUGGAUAUCGCAUAUUGCAUGUUUCGGCUUCUUAGUCUUAUUAAAUUCUUCUAACUCCAUAUUGGUCCGUGGUGUUUACAUAGACGCUGAAGAAGACGGUACACAAUGUGUUGAUUUUCCAUGUUAUUAUGUACGGCUCCUAGUUCAGAAGAGAAAACGGAAAAAACAAAUACGCAUCGAUGAAGAAGGUAAAGAAAUGACACAAAUAAAAAUUGAAAAAGAAGAGAAAACAGAAGAAAUAAAUGAGAAAAUGUUACUUACAAGUGAAAAUGGUGAUAUAACCAUGUUAAAUAAAACUGGAGAAACAAUAAACAACAGUAGUAAAAUCGUAUGACAUAACAAUAACCAACAUUAAGGUUUGUACUUUUGGAUCUUAGAAGGUAUCGUUUUCAAAACAAACCGAUUCCUUUGUGUUCGUUUAAAUUAAAAGAUUUUUUAUAUUGAAACAAUAUUUAUUAUUUAUAAUCAUGUACAUAUAUUUAGCUCGUUUUAUUUGUAUUGUUUUUCUUUUUUAGUUGUGAAAAGUCAUACAUUAUUUAGUUAUCGUAUAAACCAAUGUGUUAAUAUUAUAUUUUAAAUGGACAUUGAGUUAUGCAUUUUGUAAAUAGUACAAUUCAAAUAUUAUAUUCGUAGUUGAUAAUAUAAUAAAAUGUAUUAAAUUCACAGAUGUUAUUAGUUUGUUAAAUGUGUACCAUUAUUAAUAUUAUUUUUUUAAUUCAGAUGUUCAUAGAUAUAUUAAAAUGUUAUUUUAGAUUUGAGAUUAUAAAUUAUCAAGUAAAUCACCUAAUUUACUUGAAAAUACCUAUUUAAAACACAUUGUAUUUAAUUAUAAUAUAUUAUACA